CUCCCCACACCAUCACCAUCACCACCACAUCGUCUCCUCACUAUGCGGGCGGAGCGAGUCAACCUCCGCCCAAAUCGGUCUCCUGUGAGCGGCUACGUAUCUUCCGCUGUUUAGUGCUGACACGUCAUGUCAGCAACAUGAGUAACUGCAACAGCAUAUCAAAACAAAAGUUGUACAAUUUGUACAUACAAUUUAAGUUUUAUGGUAGAUUAUGUACGUGAUUCAUUUACAACGUUAACUUCUAGGUUCUACGAAGUAGCAUAAUAUAUUCACUUUAUAUUGCGUACGGUCAAAGUAGCAGGGAAGUCGCGGCAGGCCAGCGAUGCCUAGGUUAGUCGUGCACCACCUGCCUGGGGCUGUGUCAACUGUGCCACAGGUCACAGACGCAAGAUAUAAGGCACUCAGAUCGUUUCAGGCUACCGUAGGCAGUGCCGGCUCUCCGAGGUGUCGACCACGCCUUAACAUGGAAUCUCCGGGAAUGAUAAAUGACUUUCGGUAAUAUUCCAAACACAGCAUGGCGGAGCCCGGCCAGCAGGCCAAGGUUCUUUGUGACAAGCAUUAAAGGACGCCUCUCCAUCACACCACAGCUGGAGUCCAGCACUCGUGUGCUGCGGCUCACCACUGCCUGUUUGCUGUCAGCAUGACACAGCUUGGAACUCAUCCUGCACUCACUGCAGCACGUGACCAGGGACUCAUCCUCACUACUGUGCCCUCCCCGAGGCUGACCAGAAGCCACACCGCACCCAGCUUGGGGACGGAAUGCAAAGCGCCGCUCGAGGGGAUGGAGUACACGGCUCAGCUAAUUAGUUGCCGCUAGUCACCGCUAGUUCCGUGGCAAUACGUUCCCCACCACAAUAGCCUCACACUCGACUGGGAGAAUAUAUACUUUGCUUUGGCUUACAGUUUUCUAUUCUAAAGCCUAGUGCACACCCACAGCUCCAAGGUGUUAUGAGACGGUAAUCAUUUCAGUGUUGGGUAAUAGUCCCUUUAUGCAAAUCAGUGCCAAAGUUUGACACGCUUGACUACGAAGACAAAAUAUAUCGAGCAUCAUACUGGACGAUUUUUUUUAUCGAUCAAUCAGUUAAAUGUUGCAUUAAGCAUUUAAUGCCACGGAUAUAUGCAAAGGAAUUUAAAAUAUUUGUUGAAAGCGAUAAAGCUGAUGGACCUUCGGGGAAAAAACACGUUCGUUCGUUAAAAUUGCUCUUCCAGUAAAAAAUUCCAGGACGUGGCCAGCUGAGGUGUGACGAGGCCACGCCGACCGCCCAGGUCGUGGCGCCGGGCUGGUCGAGGGCGUGGCGGAGUGAAGGCUGCGAGGAAAGAAAAGAGAAAGAGACGGUGAAGGAUCUAGAGUCGAAAUAAUUAGGGCGGGGAGGAAAAAAGAGGACAGAGAAGGCCAAGGAACUAAGGAUUCCAGAUAGCCCAUAAAGUGCAAGUUCUUAACAGGCGGUGCUUGUCAGACUCGCGUGACGGCCGCCACCUGGCUCAGCCUCCACGGUGGUCACGUCAUGACCCUGAGUGGACCUGGCCAUGCACCAGGAGGUCAGGCCUGUUCGUGUCCGGCUGAGGUGUUCUGGGAUGACCCACCGCUCACCACAGCAUGUGCGAGCAUAUCGAGCUAGCCUCGAUGCCCUGCAGGCUCGCCACGAUGCUUGGGCUGAACAGAAAGCGAACGUUCUUCAUGCUUAAUAGUGCUUGAUCCGAAUUGGCGGGAAGCGAUCUGGUGAGUGAAGGCUUGUUAGACGUACAGGUGACCAAGCAAGCAGGACUGGCCUGCGCUGAGAGUCUGUAAUCAAGGUGCACCCUGCAAUAACUCACUGGUCAUGGUAAAAUACAAUACUCAAUUUGUCUGCUUUGUAACAUAACGUAUGCUAUAUGUAAAUUACGUACUCGAAUGUUUAGAUCAGAUUCUUAUAUUUCAUGGCAUUGAUCUGCCAUCCAACUUUAAUAUUUCGUUCGGGCAUCUGUAAACUUUAAACAAAAAAAAUUCUACGAAUCGAUGCAACAUUUUCAUCCAUUUCAAGGUUCACAUUACCAAGCCUAUUUUGGCACAAAUGGCUUCUAGUUUGUAGACUAUUAGGGAGCUGCAUAUAGGUACUCAGAUGAUCUAAACAGAUAUAGGUGCGUAUAGGCAGUAAGGACACCAUCGCCAUUCGUGUCUCAGUGCCAGUGUGAGGACAAGGCGUGCCAGGCUGCGGCGGGGCCAUCCUCCCUCACACCUCCCCCGCAUCACUCCUCCCGCAGGCCGCCGUGGCAGCCAGACAAGGCGCGAGUGUGUUAGUGAGUGUUUGUUCCAUAUAGGAGUACUGUACUGUGUUCCACUAGUAGUCGAGCGGAACACGACAACCAGUUUACAUGUGCGUGCAUGUGUCAGUCUCAAACGGGGUACUGUUUCCAUAGCUCCUAAACGCGCCUUUUAUCGGCCCCUGAGGACUGUUUCCCACCGAGGGGGCGAGCCAGCCCACACUCUUAGGAUAACGUGAGGGAAAGUGUUGUGCCGCCAGAUUAAUUUCUCCUCCGGAAGCGCCGCCGCCUCAGUCAGGUGGCGGGGAGCAGAGCACCACCUGAGAGGCCCCGUCACUAAACGUUAUCUUCACACUCACGGUCUUCAUUCAGCUUUUUGUCUAAAUGUAAAUUUUGCUCUAUAAAUAAAGUCAUUUCUCUUA